AUGUGCACGCAAAAAUCUGAGAAGCCAAAGCUCGGGCUUCACGCGGCGGAUGUUGUUGACUACACCGAAGCUGCUCGCUCGCUGAUCGGCUACAAGGAUACGCUUCGUCAACCGUACCCACCCAUCGAGCCGUUUGAAACCGGUCGUCUUGCGGUGGAUGGCCGACACACGAUCUACUAUGAGUGGAGCGGCAACCCGGAUGGCUACCCGAUUGUGUGCUUGCACGGUGGACCCGGUGGAGGAAUCUGGUCUGAGGAACGACGCUGGUUCGACCCAUCUCACUAUCGCAUUCUCUCGUUCGACCAGCGUGGAGCUGGCCAAAGCACGCCUCACGCUGACUUGGUUGACAACACCACCUGGCACCUUGUCGCAGACAUGGAAAAGUUGCGCGAAAAGUUUGGCAUUACCAAGUGGCACGUCUUUGGUGGCUCGUGGGGCUCUACUCUCUCCUUGGCAUAUGCUCAAACGCAUCCUGAACGCGUGAGCGCGUUGGUUCUUCGCGGCAUCUUCACACUGCGCAAAUCAGAGUUGCAGUUCUUCUACCAAAAUGGUGCCUCGCACAUCUUCCCCGAACAGUGGGACGUCUACCGCGAUGGAAUCCCGCCCGCUGAACGCGACGACUUUAUCGCCGCAUACAACAAGCGUCUCACCUCGGACGACGCGGCUGUGCGUCUCGACGCUGCUCGUCGAUGGAGCACGUGGGAGAAUUCAACGUCGAAACUCUACGUCGACGCAAACAGCCUCGCCAAGGGCGAAGACGACGAUUGGUCCUUGGCUUUCGCUCGCAUCGAAAACCACUACUUUAUCAACCAAGGCUGGAUGCAAGACGGUCAGCUCCUAAACAAGGAAAACAUUGACAAGAUCAGGCACAUUCCCGCAUCCAUUAUUCAGGGUAGGGUCGACUUUGUUUGUCCAGCCACAACCGCUUGGGAACUCCACAAGGUUUGGCCAGAGGCAGAAUUUCACCUGGUCCCCGACGCUGGUCACUCGGCAAAGGAACCGGGUCUCGCCGAUAAAUUGGUUCAGGCUACCGACAAAUACCGCUCUGUCAAGUAG